AUGAAUAAGCUCACACCCUCGGUUGCCGAGGGGUUCUCCCUGAUCAGUAUGGCACCCAACUCGACGAGCGCAUCCUUUGUUGAUUUUGAUCAUUCAAUCCUCACGGCCUGGGGUACGUCCGCCGCCCAGUUACUCACCUGGAGCCAUGCCUGGAAGCUCUUUCUGCUGGUCGUGGUGCUUCUCAACCUCAAAGCUUUCCCGCUUGUCUAUCACCUCCGCAUCCUCAAUGGUGUCCGGUUUGUGCUCCGGUCUCAACGCCACAAACCAGAUAUCCAGCCGGACCAGCUCUUUCAGCCGCUGGUCAUGUCUUCUAGGGCUUGUCAGAUGGAGGUCGACGCGCUCGGCCACAAGUCCAACAGCACAUACUUCACCGACGUCGACGUCGCCCGUGCUCACCUCAUCAGUACCGUGUUUGGCAAAGGCAUCGAUCGCAUUCGAGGAGACACCAGCCCGAACCUCCUGACCAAAAGACCUCGAAGUAACUUCACCGUCGCACUGGGCGCCGUCAGCUGCACCUUCAGGAGGGAAAUCAUGCCCUACGAGAAAUACGACAUGUGGACCCGGGUCCUCAGCUGGGACGAGAAGUGGUUGUACGUGGUCACCCAUUUUGUCAGCAAGGGCGCCCAGAUCGAGCCAAAAUCAAUCUCCUUGUACCCACGGCAGCAGCAAAAGUUACCGCAAGACGGCCACCACAACGUUAACGACGAUCCAUUCUACGCCCAGCAGCCCUACUCGCCGGAAAAGCAACUCAGAUCCGCCAAAUCUCCGGUCGUGGCUUCGGCAUUGAGCAAGGUCGUGUUCAAAAACGGACGCAUCACCAUUCCGCCGCACGAGAUGCUAAAGGCGUGUGAUCUCUUACCGGUGAUCGGCCCGGCAGAUGGCGGCGAUGAAAAGCAGCAAAGCCAGAGUGGCGGCAGCAGCUCCGAAACAGCUAGGCUCGCCGAAGCCAUUGAAGCCGAGCGGCAGCAGGGACUGCGGCAGGCGGCGCUGCUUGCAGGUCAGAUAGAGCUGGAUCAGGAGUUUCACAGCGACGUGGCCCUGGGAAGGCACUAUGAUGGUCUGGGCAUUGAGGGCGUCGUAGCCACUCUGGCCCAGCUAUUCAAGCUCUCUUCGUACCAGCUCAUUUGA